GCUCAUUGCUCACUGCAGAAACACUCACAGACCACGUAACAAAUCCCAGCGCUUCUGCACUUCUGCGCUCUGCGGCGCCGUCCCGGCCCCAUCCCCGUGCAACGCCCCCGACAAGCCCAUUUUGCACUUAUAUCCAAGGCCCCUUUCGACCAUCCCAGAAGCUUUUUCCCUUCUCCCUCUCCUUCUCUCUGUGAACUUCCCCUGGUUCUAUCCCGUUCCUCUAUAUCUUCAUCUCCGAUCAAAGCCUCGUCUGGCAUGAUCACCAGUCCCCGCUCCUGCUCCUCUCUGUCUCCCACCGAGCAUCUUAUCUAAACCAUCUCUUGUCCUCAAGAUACGCGAGGCAGGAUUUUUUAUUUUAAACACGUCGCCGACGACAACUCCACCUCACUACAUCCCGCCUUUUCAAGCUUGGCCUUGACCCCUCUUCAUCAUGUUCGGUGGCCGCAAGUUCUCCAUCAACCGCCAUACCGGUGCCCCUAAGACGUUGGGUGCUCGUCGCUUCAGCUCUGGCGAGCCCUCAUCAAGCGAGGUCCAGUCCAAGGUCCAUCGCCAGUUCCGUAACGCCCACGAGGGUCACCAGCCCCACGCCGGCCUCGACGCCUCCCGAUCAUCCACUGGUGUCAUCUGGUGCACUGAGCGCGCCUCCGAGUAUGGCUUCCUUGAGGAGCCCGAUCUGUGGGCCAACCUGGGCCAGGGUGCCCCCGAGGUUGAGGACGAGAUUGCCGGCUGCUUCCCCCGCCCCACGACCGUCGAUGUCUCCAUGGCCGGCCGAGAGUACGGCCCCACUGCCGGUAUCAAGCCCUUGAGAGAGGCUGUUGCCCACCUCUAUAAUGAGAUGCACCGAAAGGGCAAGGACAGCCAGUACACCUGGGAGAACGUCGCCAUUGUCCCCGGUGGCCGUGCUGGUCUCAUCCGAAUCGCCGCCGUCCUCGGCAACUCAUACCUGAGUUUCUUCUUGCCCGACUACACAGCUUACAACGAAAUGCUGAGUCUCUUCAAGAACUUCGCCGCCAUUCCCGUCCCGCUGAACGAGAGCGACGGAUACCACAUCCACCCCGACAAGAUUGCCGAGGAAAUUGCUCGUGGUACUUCGGUCAUCCUGACCUCCAACCCCCGCAACCCUACCGGCCGUGUUGUCGCCAACCCUGAGCUCGCCGAGAUCCAGGACAUCUGCCGUGGCCGCGCCACCUUCAUCAGCGACGAGUUUUACUCCGGCUACAACUACACCAGCAACUGCGAUGGUUCCACCAUUUCUGCUGCCGAGAACGUCGAGGACGUCGACGAGGAUGAUGUCCUCAUCAUUGACGGUCUCACCAAGCGCUUCCGCCUUCCCGGAUGGCGAAUUGCCUGGAUCUUAGGCCCCAAGGAGUACAUCAAUGCUAUUGGCUCCUGCGGCAGCUACCUCGAUGGUGGUGCCUGCCAUCCCUUCCAGGAGGCCGCUAUUCCCAUGCUUGACCCUAGUCUGGUGGCCACUGAGAUGGCUCACCUCCAGGCUCAUUUCCGGGAUAAGCGUGACUACGUCGUUCGACGCCUGCGCGAGAUGGGUUUCGUCAUCAAGUACGUGCCCGACUCGACCUUCUACCUUUGGUUGAACCUGGAGGGUCUUCCCGAGUCUAUUGCCGACGGUCUCAACUUCUUCCAAGCUUGUCUCGAGGAGAAGGUCAUCGUUGUGCCCGGUAUCUUCUUCGACCUGAACCCCUCGCGCCGUCGUGAUCUCUUCGACAGCCCCUGCCACCACUUCGUACGUCUGUCGUAUGGUCCCAGAAUGGACGUACUGAAGAUGGGUCUGGACGGAAUUGAGCGUGUUGUCCACAAGCACAAGAAGACCCUGUAGGCGAGAUUACACUUGACCCGUUGUUUCCAAGCGCGAACCGACACUUGCCUGAGAGAGCUGGGAGACACGGUCCCCAAAUUUCAGCCACCGGUUGUCGUGAUGGAAGUGUAAAGGUGUAGAUGUGAAAGGGGAGUUUGUUUAUAGGCAGAAUCUAUGGCGAUGUAGACCGGGGAAGACGGGAUAGCAGCUUUUUUGCAAGCUGAUCCCCCCGGGAUAACUCACUCGAGCUAGAUGAUGUUUGAUGGCUCUUUCGUUUUAGCCGCAUUGCAGCGCAGGGAACACGGCGGGAUUACGAAUUAAACCGACUAUUACUCCA